CACAAGAGGCCCUGACAUGGAGAAAGCAGUGUUUGACAAUGCUCAAGAUACGUGGCUCCAGAAGGAACAGGAAGAAAACGUCCCUGAUAAUCAUGAGAUUGCGAAUAUCGACUGGAUCCCGUGCAAGGAUUUCACAGUCAACCUUGGGAACAAACAAAUUGAAGAAUAUAUCAGUACAUGGGAACUGCACCCAAGUUGGCUGUAUAGUUUAAAGUUUCUUGAGGAGAAGGAACUGGAAUUUCACAAACAGUAUCACUACAAAUCACAAUGGAGCAUCCCAACUGCAAGGACUCCAAUCCCAAAGGCCACUGCAUGUGUCUACUUUAUCAUAGAAAUCUCCAAGGUCAAGCCACCGACACUGCCCAUAGAAGUGUACUUUCAAGUGGAAUCAUGCCGCCUGAGACACAGGCCAGGAAAAACAAGGUUCAGAGAAAAGUGGCUGAGAGAUGUGAUUGAAAGCAAGACUCUACUUCGAGACACUGUCGACUUCUAAUACAUGUGCAGCAUUAUACAAACAAAAAUUAUUCACAAUAUUUUUCUCCUUUGAAAGUUCUCCUUUUGUUUUCUUUACAAAUAACAUUUGAACAAAUAAUUGAAUAAUGAAAAUAAGUAGCGAUAGCACAGAUUCAGUUGUUCAACUGUUGUAGCUACAGCUGUUUUAUUGGUACUGAUUAACAGGAUUACAUUUUACUGUGCAGCUAUAUAUAAAGCUGCAAUUACUCAAGACAAUUGACAUGU